AUGGCUCAAUCCGGAGAGAUCAAUCCAGUCCCUGCACCUCCAUUGAAUGCGCCGGCCUCAUCGAAUACAUGUGAGCUCUGGGCCAUUGAUGCGACCACCGAUAUUCUCGUCCCUACCGUCUCAUUGAUCGAGCCCGAAAUCAAAGGCCAUGAAUUCCUCAACCUGCCCACCUUUGCUUUCUACAUCCACAACCCCCGACUCAACAAGCGCGUUCUCUUCGACAAUGGGGCGCGCAAGGACUGGUGGAAUGUUCCUCCUCGUGUCUUCCAUAACCUCAAGACCAAAGGAGUGGCUGGCAUCCGGACCACCUACGAUGUCUAUGACAUCCUCGCCGCUGGAGGAGUUGACCCCAAGACGAUCGACGCUGUCGUCUGGAGUCAUUUCCACUGGGACCACGUGGGGAAUAUCCAGCUGUUUCCCAAAUCCACCGAUAUCGUCGUGGGGCCUGGCUUCAAGAAAGCCUUCUUACCGGGCUACCCAGCUGAUCCAAAAUCGCCGUUCUACGAGGCCGACUUUGAGGGCCGCAAUCUCCGCGAGAUCAAAUUCGACGAUUCUCUGAAGAUUGGCAAAUUCCAGGCUUACGACUACUUCGGCGACGGAAGCUUCUACAUUCUCAACACCCCUGGACACACAAUCGGACAUAUCUCAGGCCUGGUCCGCACGACUCCUGACACCUUUGUCUUCCUGGGGGGUGACAUCUCCCAUUUUCCGGGCACGUACCGGCCCACGCAGUAUGUUCCCCUACCAGAGGUGCUUCCUGCGGAGACGAAGCUGGACGCGAGAUUUUCCCUGCCCUGCGCCUGCUCUCUCUUCACUGCAUGCCAUCCGAACCCGUCGACCGCGCGGACAACGCCUUACUACCACGUGUCCCAGCAUCAGGACUCGUGGUACGAUGACCCCCAGCAGGCGCAGAAGUCGAUCGACGGCCUGAUGGAAUUCGAUGCGAGCGAGAACGUGUUCGUGGCCAUCGCCCACGACCCUGCGCUGCGAGAGGUCUGUGAACUGUUUCCGCACGCUACCUUGAACGAGUGGAAAGCGAAGGGCUGGGCACGGCGAUCGCACUGGCAUUUUGUGAACGAGUUACCUAUCGACGGGAAGCCAGGACGCCCGAAGCUUGUAGAGGGAUUGCUCAAAGAUGGGAAGCCCGUCGAAUAG